AUGUCCAAUAAAUUUAAAGUAUUAGUAAAUCAAACUGAAGAAAUAAAUUUAUAUAAAUAUGAUUUAAAUGAUGUCGAUAAUGAUAGUUUAAAUUAUAAUAUUAUUAAUACAAAUAGACCAAUAGCAUAUCAUAAUUUUUGUUUCGAUUCUAAAAAAUAUGAUUAUAUAUCAACCGAUAGAUUUAACUUAAAAGAAAAUAAAACAGAAUCACUUCAAAAGAAGCCUUACCUUUAUUCAAAUAAUAUUAAAUUCGUACAUGAAAGAUACAAUGAAAUGUGUUAUAUUUGUUCAUAUGACUUAAAUUCUUCAGUUUUAAUAUGGUCUUGGGAAUUUGACAGGCAAAUUGAAAUUACAGAGCUAAUAAUGAAUACUAUUUUUAUGACUUUAGAUCAAGGCGGAGAAAUUAAUUGGUAUAUUUCUACAGAACUUUCAAAUGAAAUUAAUGGUCAAUUAUCUUUAGAGGAAAAUAAUAUAGUUCAGCUUGUAAGAGAUCAGUUUAUAAAAAUCCCAUUUGACUUGGAGUCACCAGUGUAUUUUGAUCAAAAAGUUAAUCUAACAAAUUUUGUUAAAAAUUCAAAUAAAUUAUAUUUGGCAUGUAUCAUAGAUAAUGAUGAAGACCAGAAUAAAAAUCAAUUGUUUCGUUCAAAGUAUAUAUACAACUUAGAUCAAGUAGACCAGGAGCCACUUCAUAAGCCACAGAAACAUCAAUAUCCAUUUAGUAUGUUUUUUAAUUUAUCAUUAAAAAAUGAUUUGGCAUUCAAAAAACCAAUAGUACAAAUUAAAGAGAACCCAGUUUAUUUUUUUAGAGAGGAAAUGGAUUUUUCAUAUCAAAAUAUCAAAAAAAAUCAACCUAUCAAAUGGGACGGUCAAAGGGUUGGGGACUGGCUCUUUGAUUUGGGUUUUUAUGAAUUAAUACCAAGAUUUAAAGCUAAUGGAAUUGAUGGUAAAAAACUAUUAGAAAAUGGUAUAAAUAAUUUACCGGAUAAUUUUAUUCAAGAUCUAAAAAAAAGAAAAAGAUAUAUAAAAUCCUUAAAUCAAUUAUUACAAAAUUCUAACAUGGGUACUGUUUCAGUUGGAACUUAUGCAAGUGAGGGCAGGGCUGAAAGAUCAAAGUAUUCCCAUCAAUACAAAGAUGACUCAAUUUUGAUAUUGGAUACACAGGCAAGAAUAGAUGAGCAGUUUGAAAAGGAUUUAGAAACCACUGGCUUUGUUUCAUUGGAGCUUGGUGACAAAGAGAAUUCUAAUUACAAAAUAAUGGUAGAUGAUAAAGAGUUUUUUAUUCAUAAAGAAUUAUUAUCCAAUAGUUCGGAUUACUUUAAAGCCCUUUUUAACUCAAAUUUCAAUGAAAACUUAAGUGGUGAAAUUAUAUUUAAAGAAGAUACAGACAAUUUGACCAAAGAGUCUCUCCAAAUCGUUCUAGAAUUAACUUAUCUGCACACAGAAGAAAAUAAAAUUGAUUAUUUAAAGAAAUUGUCAUUGUACCAAAUAGUUACAGUUUUAAAAGUUUGUGACCGAUUAUUUUUUAAUGGUUUAAAAAAUGUAACCGAAAAGUAUGUAAUUUGGAAUAUUAAAUAUGAAAAUCUAAAAUAUUUUAAUGAAAUUUUCAAAUUUAAUAAUAAUAUACACUUAUUUUCAAAUUUUUUAAUUAAAUUUUAUAAUAAAAAUUAA